GAUGUGCAGGAGCUUGUAGGAAUACUAGAGGAGGCGGGCGAGCUGAAGCGUGUCAAAACGCAGGUUGACGCAGACCUGGAGAUUGCAGAGAUUCUCCGGAGAACCAUGUACGCACAGGGACCGGCGGUACUCUUUGAGGAUGUGAAGGGCUAUGACAUGCCGGUGCUGGGAAACGCCUUUGGCACCAUGAGGAGGCUUGAGAUUGCGCUGGAGACCCGGGACUUUACAGAGAUCGGUAGCAGAAUUGUGGAGAUGACCCGGAUGGACAUGCCGCCCGGACUCCUGGGAAAGCUCAAAAAACUCCCCCAGCUAUCAAAGAUGAGCGAGUCAUUUCCCAAACCGGUGAGCAGCGGUCCGGUAACCAAGGUGGUGCAGAAGAAUCCGACCUUUGACGGUCUGCCGAUCCUAAAGACAUGGGUCGGGGACGCAGGACGGUUCAUCACGCUGGGCCUUGUGGCAACAAGGCAUCCGGAGACGGGCGUGAGGAACCUGGGCGUGUACCGGAUGCAGAUAGUGGACGGCCAACACGUCAUAAUGCACUGGCAGAAGCACAAGCGCGGGGCGCAGCACAGCGAGAUAUCAAAAGCAAAAGGGGAGAGAAUCCCUGCGGCAAUAAUUAUCGGAGGAGAGCCGUCUACCGUAUUCUCUGGGAUUGCACCGGUUCCAGAGGGGCUUGACAAGUACCUCUUCUCGGGAAUAGUGCGCAAGAAGGGAAUCAGCACUGUGAGGUGCAAAACCAUAGAUCUGGAGGUUCCGGCAAACGCGGAGAUCGUGCUGGAGGGGUACGUGGAUCCCGCAGACCUGCGCGACGAGGGGCCCUUUGGCGAUCACACGGGUUACUACACCCCGGUGGAGCAGUAUCCGACCUUUACGCUCACCGGGGCAAUGCACAGGGAGAAUCCGGUGUACCUGACCACCGUGGUGGGCAAGCCGAUACUGGAGGAUGCGUACGUGGGCAAGGUCAUCGAGCGCUCGUUCCUGCCCCUCAUCCAAAUGUUCCACCCGGAGGUUGUGGACUUUGCAAUGCCCGCGGCGGGAUGGUUUCAGGGAAUGGCAAUCAUCUCCAUCAAGAAGAGCUAUCCCGGACAGGCAAAGAAGGUGAUGAUGGGUCUGUGGGGCACGGGACAGCUGGCGCUGACAAAGAUGUUCAUCGUGGUGGACGACGAUGUGGAUGUGCAGGACAUCAACGACGUGAUCUGGGCCAUCACCACUAGGGCAGAUCCCGCCAGGGACACAACCAUAAUCAACAACACCCCCACCGACACGCUGGAUCCCGCAUCCCCGCUGGUGAACCUAGGCUCCAAGCUGGGAAUAGACGCAACGCAGAAGACGAUACAGGAGGGAUUCACAAGAGAGGUGCAGGAGAAGGUUACAGUGGAUGACCGAACUAGGGGCUUGGUGGACUCGCGGUGGAGCACGUACGGGCUCUGA